ACGGAGGCACAGGGAAGUGUUUGUUUAGGGCCCAUUACAAGCCGUCCCUGGGUACCCAGUUCAAUCACUGAGCCCCUGGUACUCAGACAUCCUUCAGGAAGACACAUUCUAGGUUCUGGCAUUUGUAUGAGUACAGGUGGAGUAGGGCAGGGUGUGAUGAGGAACAGGGAGCAGAGAGAGAAGUCUGGAGCCUGGGACUCAUGGGCUGGGGGGAUCCAAAGAUGCAGGAUCCCAGGCAAGAAAGCUAGAUUAGAACCUUGAAAGCCAAGGUAGGACCCACAGGGUUUGAUGCCUGGCUGUGGGAGUGCAGGGACAGAAGGUCGGGCUGAUUCUGAGAUCAUGAGCUGACGUGAUGCUCCCUCCAUCCUUGUGGCAGUCUCUGGGCAUGGCCAUGCCAAAUCCAUUGCAGGGGGAAGCCAGGUUCUGCUCAUCAUGUGGUUGGAAUCUCAGGAGAGCCUGUCUGGUUACACAACCCCGGCUUACAAAGAAAUAUAUACUCUGUUAGAUGGAAGAUGUCCUCAUUCUCAGAGUCAAGUAAUUAUUUCACAUGGUCUUGGAAGAAUGAUUCUGGCUGGACCGAAGUAAGGGGAACUUUGAAUCCGACUUUACAUCAUUUCAACCAAAGAUUAAAUUUUAUAAGCAAAAACUUCACUCUUCUCAUCAAGGCAGCUCAGCCACAAGACAGUGGCCUCUACACUCUGGAGGUCACCAGUCACUCUGGGAAGCUUUGGACAUAUGAUUUCCGGGUUUCUAUAUUUGAUCGUGUUGAGAGGCCCCACCUGGUGGAGAAGCGGAAGGUCCUGGAUGGGGACUUUUGUCAAGUGACUCUGUCCUGCUCAGUCGCCAGAGGUGGUGACGUGAGCUAUGCUUGGUAUAGAGGGACUGAGCUGAUACAGACACCUGGGAACCUCACGGAACUGGUGGAUAAGGUUGAUGUCAGUGGUUUGCACUUAUAUACCUGCAAUGUCAGCAAUCCAGUCAGUUGGGCAAACCACAGCCUCCAACUAACGCAGGGCUGCCAGAGUGACCCCCAAGACGUCACCUUCCUGUUCAUCUUGGUGAGCGUCAUGAUUCUCCUCGUGGCACUGUUCCUGGGCACCCUCAUCUACCUCUGUGUGCGGAGGAAGAGGAAGCAGUCACGGACAACCCCAGAAGUUCUGACAAUCUAUGAAGAUGUCAACAACAUGCGAACCAGGAGGAAUCAAGAGCAGAAACCCCCUGGAGAAGAAGGGAAAACCAUCUACUCCACGAUCCAGUCCCAGCCUUCUGCUUCCACGUCACAAGAUAAUGCAAAUACACUGUAUUCAUUAGUACAGGCUUCCUGGAAGACUGGAUCCAAGAAGGAGAACCACAGCCCGUCCUUCAAUAAAACUAUCUACGAAGAGGUUGGAAAAAGAACUUCCAAAGCUGAGAACCCUGCUCGACUGAGUCGUAGGGAGCUGGAGAACUUCUGCAUGUAUUCCUAGUUGCCAUGGCUGUUCUCACCUCUCUUAAAGCCCAACUUCUGCUUUGGGAAUCAGCACAAUGGAUGAUACCACAUGAGUCUCUGCAGAGUGGUUCCUAGUCUGGAGACGAUAUAAGAGUUUGUGCGUGGUCUAUAUUUGUUUUGAAAAUGAUUUCUUUUUUUUUUAACAUUACUUUUAUUUUUUUAAAAUAUAAAUUUAUUUAUUUGAAAAUGAUUUCUAACAGCUGCUUUAAAAGCAAGGCUGUUAAGUAACAUCUCAACUCACAGACCAGACAAGAACAGAUAGAGAUGUUGGGUAGUUUCCAAAAGACGACACAGCAUGUCCAAGUGCUGGUCAUCUCCAAGUGCUAUGUAAAUGUGGUGUUACUAUCACAUUAAGAUUCUGUUUCCCUGGUUUUCCCCUGGUGACGCAUCUUCACUCCUCCCUAAUCAAUGAUGACCACAUUUCUAGACCCUUCUUUGCCCAGACUCAUCCUCCAAAAAGGAAGGAAAGAUAAUGGGGGCUCAGAGGAGAAGAAAGAGGUCCCUCUGUGAAGGUAUACUAAAUAGCCCUAAGGCACUGGCAAGUUCUCCAAGGAGGACAGGCCUGGGCUAUACUCAAAUACAGAGGAAAAACUUCCCCACUACAUAUUAAACUUUACCUCUAGCCAUCUGGUCACAAAGGGAUGUGGGCAGGAGCAAGAGUAGAUAAUGCAAAUCAAGCCCAUCGCUGAGUGGAAAAAUCACCCAGAGUCCAUGCCAUCCUAAUAAUCGGGCAGUGGAAGCAACUUUGCCUACAGAAUGAUGUUUGAUUUAUACAAACACAUUAUUAAACAUCUAUUUUGGCUUCUUUACACAUUCCUCACUAUUAGAAACAGUGUCAUUUAAGUUCUGAGUCCUGAUGCUCCCCAUGGCAAAUGCUGGAAGGAGGACUCAGGCAGCUGAGCAGUUAGGAACCAGGCACCUUGCUGGGCUCCCCUGAGCCUUCAAGCCAGACCCUUCCACAAGACUGUGGGGAGCAGGCUGAAAGUCUGGCUGAGCUCAGGAAAGGGGGAAUUGGAAGAGGGCCUGGUCAGAGACCCCAACAGGUAACAUUGCAUGGAGCCUGAUUCUUCAACUGCCCCACUGUGUUUAAGGUAUGAAUUUAAUAUAGAUCUGUGCUAUUACUUAAAGGCAAUCUAAAUUUCUUUUCUGAAAUUUAGGAUAGAAAAUGGAAAUGGAUCUCUUCCCUACUCUGUACUUUUCCUCUCCCAGCCAAAGGGCACUUGUGGGCCAUCAAUAAACACACGCUGUUUAACUCCUGCUGGAGAGGAGUCUGGACUCCUCGUGAACUAGUUGUCUCCUAGCCUUGUUCACACUGGAACAGCAGAUUCUAGGGUACCCAGAUCCCAGCGCCCACUUAGUCUUGGGGGAUAGCCACUUGCUUAUGCCCCUCGGAUCCUUCUCCCCUGUGGGUGUGUGAUUGGUCAAGUUAGCUUCUUCCUGGAGACUAGUCGAUAGACCACAUCUGGGAGAAAGUAUCGGGGUAAAAAUUGGAGAAUGUAAAAGGAUGGGGAGAGGAUCCAACGCAGUUGUGGGCAGCUGAGCAACUGAGUCAGGAGUUUCAUGAGAAGAAGGAGUAGCAAAUUAUAGGGGUCAUAGCAAUUCAGAUGAACAGCAGAGAUGCUAACCAUUGCCUACUGCUGGCCUUUUACAUUUCUUAAGUUGCAUAGAUAUUGAACUGGGCAGAGUCAUUUAAGGAGCAAAAGAGAUUCUAUAGGUCCAGCAACUUCAGGGAUGCUCUAUUCUGGAAUGUAAUAAUGAUUAUCAUUAUCAUCUAAUAUAUUUUUGUUGAACUCUGUGAUAAUGCCUUAAAAAGAUAAUUAUCUAUGCAAUUACCAACCAAUGAACAAAGCAGUAAAUAAGUUCCUGCUGUGUAUGAAGCACUGCUUGGCUCCCCAGGAGUACCCACUGCAGGCCACAGAUGACACUCUGAUUCCACAGACCGUGUGCUGGGGCAGAUGACAGUGGAAGCACAGUAUUAAAAAACACAAAUGGGCCACAAAGCACAUGUAACACAAGUGCACACAAGAGUAUCACGAAUGUUAAGUCAAGAGAAGUGUAACUUAUAGGCAGGGAGACAGGAUGGAGGCGACUGUUUGGGGGAGAAGAGAGCUAUGGCUCAUAUACAUCUGGACAUGACAAUAAGGAGGAAAAUUCUUUUCGGGUAAAUAUGGGAAUCUUAUACAGAAGGGACAUUUUAAAUGCUUCAGUUCAGUCCAGUCGCUCAGUCGUGUCCAACUCUUUGUGACCCCAUGAACGGCAGCACGCCAGGCCUCCCUGUCCAUUACCAACUCCCAGAGUCCAUCCAAACCCAUGUCCAUUGUGUCAGUGAUGCCAUCCAACCAUCUCAUCCCCUGUCGUCUCCUUCUCCUCCUGCCCUCAAUCUUCCCCAGCAUCAGGGUCUUUUCAAAUGAGUCAGCUCUCUGCAUCAGGUGGCCAAAGUAUUGGAGUUUCAGCUUCAACAUCAGUCCUUCCGAUGAACACCCAGGACUGAUCUCCUUUAGGAUGGACUGGUUGGAUCUCCUUGCAGUCCAAGGGACUCUCAAGAGUCUUCUCCAACAACACAGUUCAAAAGCAUCAAUUCUUCGGUGCUCAGCUUUCUUUAUAGUCCAACUCUCACAUCCAUGCAUGACUACUGGAAAAACCAUAGCCUUGACUAGACAGAUCUUUGUUGGCAAAGUAAUGUCUCUGUUUUUUAAUAUGCUGUCUAGGUUGGUCAUAACUUUCCUUCCCAGGAGUAAGCGUCUUUUAAUUUCAUGGCUGCAGUCACAAUCUGCAGUGAUUUUGGAGCCCAGAAAAAUUAAGUCAGCCACUGUUUCCCCAUCUGUUUGUCACGAAGUGAUGGGACCGGAUGCCAUGAUCUUAAUUUUCUGAAUGUUGAGCUUUAAGCCAACUUUUUCACACUCUUCUUUCACUUUCAUCAAGAGACUCUUUAGUUCUUCACUUUCUGCUAUAAGGGUGGUAUCAUUUGCAUAUCUGAGGUUAUUGAUACUUCUCCCAGCAAUCUUGAUUCCAACUUGUGCUUCCUCCAGCCCAGCAUUUCUCAUGAUGUUCUCUGCAUAUAAGUUAAACAAGCAGGGUGACAACAUACAGCCUUGACAUACUCCUUUUCCUAUUUGAAAACAGUCUGUUGUUCCAUGUCCAGUUCUAACUGUUACUCCCUGACCUGUAUACAGGUUUCUCAAGAGGCAGGUCAGGUGGUCUGGUACCCCCAUCUCUUCCAGAAUUUUCCACAGUUUAUUGUGAUCCACAGAGUCAAAGGUUUUGGCAUAGUCAAUAAAACAGAAAUAGAUGUUUUUCUGGAACUCUCUUGCUUUUUCCAUGAUCCAGCAGAUGUUGGCAAUUUGAUCUCUUGUUCCUCUGCCUUUUCUAAAACCAGCUUGAACAUUUGGAAGUUCCUGGUUCACAUACUGCUGAAGCCUGGCUUGGAGAAUUUUGAGCAUUACUUUACUAGUGUGUGAGAUGAAUGCAAUUGUGCUGUAGUUUGAGCAUUCUUUUGCAUUGCCUUUCUUUGGGAUUGGAAUGAAAACUGACCUUUUCCAGUCCUGUGGCCACUGCUGAGUUUUCCAAAUUUGCUGACAUAUAGAAUGCAGCACUUUCACAGCAUCAUCUUUUAGGAUUGAAAUAGCUCAACUGGAAUUCCAUUGCUUUUAAACGCUUAAAAAUACAUAAAAAGAAUAAUGUGAAAGUGAAAGCUGCUCAGUCGCGUCCAACUCUUUGCGACCCCGUGGACUUUUCCAGGCCAGAAUACUGGAGUGGGUAGCCUUUUCUUUUCCAGGGAAUCUCCCCAACCCAGGGAUCAAACCCAGGUCUCCUGCUUUGUAGGCAGAUUCUUUACCAGCUGAGCCACAAAGGAAGCCCAAGAAUACUGGUUAAAAAGAGUAAUACACACAAAUGGUUUAAAAAAUCCAGCAGUACAAAAUAUAUGCAAUAAAAAAAAUCCCCAAACCAACCCAGCUUCCUCCCAGAGGCAGCCACUGAUAAUUUUUUUGUAUUUCCUUUCAGAAUUGUUCUUUAUGUAAACAUACAGCUAUCUAUUUCUUUUUUAUUCAACUGGUGACAUAUGAUACACACUUUCCAGGACUUUGUUCUGUCCAUCAAAUGACGUAUCUUAGAGCUCCUUCUUAUUAACACAUGUUAGUCUCUACUUUCCUUCUUUAAAAAAGUGGCAGGCCUUGCCAUUGCAAGAAUACACUUUCAUGUGUUUAAUCAGACUCCUACUAAAUGGACCCUUAGGUUAUUUCUAUUCUUUUAUUUAAAAAAAUACUACAGUGGUCAUGAUUUCACCUAGAUCUUUGAGUUCAUAAGAGAGAUUAUCUGUUAGAUUUAUCUUAGCAGCUGUUUAUAGGACCACGUGGAGAUCCUGGUCCUCUUUGACGACAUGACAAGCCUUGGCAGAGUUUUGAGGCAUGCAUCUGAGCUGAGAGGUUGUACUAUAUGAGCAUAGAAGGAGACAAACGGAGCCCAGAGGCUGUCUGAUCUGUUGAUGGAUUUGGGAAGUAAUGAGGUGUGAGAAAAAGAGGAGGCCCAAAUCCAGGCGUAUCUGAGACAAUGAAGGAAAUUCUGAAGUUCUUCUGUCUGCAGGGGCCCGGGCCUUAUUAGGUCUAGCAGCCUCUCCAACCUCACUGAGGGAGGUAGCUGCUUUUCUUUUCAGGGGACAUUUUCAUAGGUAGGUAUUUCAGGAGACUCAAGGUCAUUCUGUUGUGGUGGUGGCACAACCUGUGAGCCAAAACACACACAAGGAUAUGGUUAAUAAAGCCUGGAAGUUACCAGUUUUCUCAACCUUGUGCUGGGAGGAGAGAGGAGGGUGAGGUCAGGCUAUGAAUGGUCCAUCCUCUAGAAGUAAGGUCAUAUGGAUUGGCGUAAGGAUGGAGCAAUCAUUCAAGCUGAUGAUAAGCAUUUAUGGAAAAUCUCCUAAUGGUAAGCGCCAUGUGCCAGGCUCUCUGGAAGGGAGAUUUAGGACAGUUUUGUGCAACAAGUUGAGGGGGUUCAUAAGUGACAAUAAAAGGCCUUGCUCUCAAGAAGCUACAGUUUGGGAUCCCAAUCUUCACCCUAGUGAGAGAAACAUUUAUAUAAAGAUAAAUCAAGUUUUAGAGGUUGAGUUCCAUAGUAAUAGUCCAAACUAUUAGACCUUCAUGUUCCAAGGGUUCUGGGAAUCCCUUGUUUGUAAAUGUUCAGGAAAGGCUCAAAAGAGCAGAUGAGACAUGAGCUGAUGCAGAGGGAAGGUCUGUUGUUCUUUAGUCGCUAAGUCGUGUCCAUUCUUUGGCCACCCCAUGGGCUGUAGCCUGCCAGGCUCCUCUGUUCAUGGGGUUUUCUAGGCAAGAAUACUGGAGAGGGUUUCCAUUUCCUCCUCCAGGGAAUCUUCCCAACCAAGGGAUCAUACCUGAGUCUCCUGCAUUGUAGGUGAAUUCUUUAUCACUGAGCCACCUGGGAAGCCCAGAGAGGAGGUUACGUACCAGCCAUAGCUUGGGAAUAGCACAACCUUCUUUGAGAUAUCAUGCAGAUACAAGCGUCAGAAAAUAAUAACUAAAGAAGGCUUGAGGAUUUCUUGAUCAAGUGGGAAAUAGUGGCUUUAGGAAACCCAGAAUGAGGAUUCUUGAAAAUUCUGAUGGUAAAGAAUAAAUUCUAUCUGGAGGUUGGCUCAGGAAAUGCAUUGAUUUUUUCACUUGUAUUGUGGGUGAGGGUGGUUUUAGGGAUCUUAAGUUCCUGGAGUGGUGUAGGAGUCAUUUAGGACUGACCAGACAAAGGGGGUCUCAUGACCUGUCUGAAACUCGGAGCAGGGACUGAUGUCCAUGACUUUAAGAUUGACUAGUAUUGACCCAAACACAAAGGACCAGGCCCAAGCAGCUUUGGGAAUGUAGUGAAUAAUACAGAUUUGGCUUCAAGGCCAAAGAUAAAGUUCUUAGCUGAUUAAACAUUAGGCCAUGCUCUAGAAAUCAGGACAUGAGGCAGAAGAUGGUUAAAUCAAACUAUACAGUUGCAUGAGUGUUUACCAAGCAAAUUUAUCAGUCUUUUAAGGUCUAGCCCAAAUUAUUUUUUCCAUGAAGUCAUUCCUGUCUACCUCUGUGCAGUGCUAUCUACCAUUUCCAGUGUAUGAAAAACCCUUGGGAAUUGCAUACAUAAUAUGUAGUCACAUAGAAUAUUUUCUCUCCCCAUCCAGGUUAGUAAAUCACUCCAACUCUCCUACAUCAAAGAUAGAUAAUAUAACAAGUCUUAAAAGUCAAGGCUAGUGCCUUAAAUAUAUCUGAAUCCCCAGAGCACUCAGCCCAGUUCUGGGCAAACAAAAGGUAUUGAAUAAAUAUCUACUGUUUGAUUCAUCAACUAUAGAGAAGGAGCAUAACUGAAAAACUUGGAGAGCUAAAAAAAAAAUAUAUAUAUAUAUAUAUUAUUUGAACAUUUUACAGGAAGGGAAUUCUGGGGGAGACUUGAAAGCAAAAGUAUGAAUGGGCCCAGUGUUUUCAGGAAAGUGAAAGAGGAGAAGACAGCCAGAUUCACAUCAAAGUUAAUUGUUUAAGAGUUUUCAGGAUUAAUAAAAUACUCUGUGUUUCCUAACCACUUGCUGUGUACUUAGGCAAACUUAAUUUCCUCAAUCUCAGCUUCUCUGGCUAUAAAAUUUGCAUGAUAACACACUUACAAAGGCCUUAUAAGGAUAAGAUGAGACUAUGUUUGUCAAUGUUUUGUAAACUAUUAAAGUUUAUAUAAACUUAUUA